AUGUCUAUGAGACAAUAUCCCUCAGAAAUAACAGCUGGUAAUCAAAAUGCAGUCGUCUCGGCAACAGCCAGUAUGGAGUCUGAGUCCUAUCCAACAGAAUUGCCAGAAUCUGAACCGCCGGCUGAAGGUUCUAUAGAGGUCGCGAGUAUUGAAACUGUUGAUAACAACUGUAGUGAAAUUUUGACAGAUAUUGCUAUGUGGCCAGCGAAUUUGACAGAAACCAUGCGUAAUCAUGUUUUGGAUUUCAAACCAAAAAAUGUUGGCGACUUUUCACGCGCUAACAUGUUGAUGACAGAUCGUGGCAGACAAUAUUUUUGUCAUUUAUCUGAACAUAACUUUUACUUGACCAAGGCGAAUGGCCAAAAAGAAAGAUGUGAAUAG